CAUCUUGAAACUACAGAGCAACAUCCUGUUGAUGCCAGAGAACAUGAUGAUUAUAGCGGGGAAUCGUCGCUUGUUGGUGACUUUGCGCUUCUCUUCUCCCAUUUCCGCUCCUUAAAAACCACCCGCAUCGCUUGCGUCCGGACCGCGGCAGCGAUGUUCCAGGAGGGGGACGAGGCGAAGGAGGACUGCGGCUCCCGGGACGAGUGGACGCUGCUGUUCUGGACCUCUCUGGCCGUCAUCGUCCCUGUCAUCCUGACGCUGUGGUGCAGCGCGCAGCGCUCCAAGAGGAAAACCUACAUGAAGGACUUCUUCAGGAAGAGCAAACACGGCUGGCAUUACACGGACCUGUUCAACAAGCCCACCUACUGCUGCAUCUGCGCCCAGCACAUCCUGCACGGAGCUUUCUGCGACUGCUGCGGCGUGUGCGCCGACGAGCAGUGCCUGCGCCGGGCCGACCGGAGCCUCCCCUGCAAGGAGAUCAUGGCCCUGUCCCGUCCUGACGGAACCAUGGAGCACAGCUGGGUCCGCGGAAAUGUGCCUCUGGCCAGUUACUGUGCUGUGUGCAAGCAGCAGUGUGGGACCCAGCCCAAGCUCUGCGACCUCAGGUGUGUCUGGUGUCAGACCACAGUCCACGACGACUGCAUGGACGACUUAGCGAAGGGAGAAGCGUGUGAUCUGGGCGAGUUCCACAGCCUCAUCAUCCCUCCUCACUACCUCUACCGUGUCAACAAGCUGCGGCGCCGGCACCCCGACGAGUACAGCAAGCUGGGGGCUUCCUGUGGCAGAAGCUGGACUCCUGUGCUGGUGUUGGCCAACACACGAAGCGGCAACAACAUGGGGGAGGCUCUGCUGGGAGAGUUUCGUACCCUCCUUAACCCUGUGCAGGUGUUUGACGUAUCUGAGCUGACUCCUUCCAAAGCCCUCCAGCUGUGCACCUUACUCCCCCCUGGCAGGGUCCAGGUGUUGGUAUGUGGAGGUGAUGGCACCGUGGGCUGGGUCCUGGAUGCAAUAGAUGCAAUGAAGCUCAAGGACCAAGAUCCGUUUAUCCCCAGGGUGACCAUUCUGCCUCUGGGAACAGGAAAUGACCUUUCCAACACAUUAGGCUGGGGUGCUGGGUAUGCUGGAGAGAUCCCCGUGGAGCAGGUCCUCCGUAACGUUCUGGACGCUGAGGUGGUCAAAAUGGACAGAUGGAAGGUGCAAGUAGCUUCAAAGGGCGUCUACUUUCGGAAACCAAAGGUUCUGUCCAUGAACAACUACUUCUCUGUGGGGCCCGAUGCUCUGAUGGCGCUCAACUUCCACGCCCACCGUGAGAAAACACCCUCCUUCUUCUCCAGCCGCAUCAUAAACAAGGUUGUGUACUUCCUGUAUGGUACCAAAGACUGUUUAGUGCAGGAAUGUAAAGAUCUGGAUAAGAGGGUUGAGCUAGAGUUGGACGGAGAGAGGGUGGCGCUGCCCAGCCUGGAGGGCAUCAUCGUCAGUAACAUCGGCUACUGGGGCGGAGGCUGCAGACUGUGGGAGGGGAUGGGGGACGAACCCUGCCCCCCGACUCGGCUGGACGAUGGGCUGCUGGAGGUUGUGGGUGUGUUUGGUUCAUUUCACUGUGCUCAGAUCCAGGUCAAGUUGGCCAACCCUGUGCGACUGGGACAGGCACACACCGUGAGGCUGGUUCUGAAGAGCUCCACGAUGCCCAUGCAGGUCGACGGGGAGCCUUGGGCUCAGGGACCCUGCACCAUCACCAUCACCCAUAAGACCCAGGCCCUCAUGCUGUACCACAGCGCAGAGCAGACAGACGACGAUGACGAGACCAGCGCGUCUGAGCCGGACAGCCCGGCCCCCCAUGACUCCCCCAAACCCCUGUGAUCGACUACUGUGCAGGCGUGAUGCGUCUCAGGCAUCAACGUGAUCCUAAACUCCUCUAUAUUUUGGUUUCUAGUUUUCAGUCACUUCACUGGCCUGUUGCUUAAGUUAGUCUCCUCUUCAUACACUCAGUCACGUUUGAUCCUUUUUUGUGCAAUAUGUUCAUGUUUUUCAAAUAUUUCACCUAACUAUGAACGAUUAGAUUAGAACCCUCUUUUCAUGUUGUUGGUUCAUUGUCUUUACAUCUUUGUUUAUUGUAAGCCAGAGCUCAGGCAUUGACCUUCUGGAGCAGCCAGGAGGAGGCGAAUAUGCUAAAGAAAGCUUUCUGUUUAUUUGCACUGAUCCCUCGUGCCAUAGAGUCUAGAGAUGACUGUGCUGUAUUUAUUCUGCUUUAUUUAAUACUGAAUGUUCCUUUCAGUGAGCCAAGUUUAACCCAUUGCCCAAGCCAUCUAAAAGCCAUGUUUAAACCUACAGCAGGCCGUGAAGCUGUGAAACAGUCCUGUCACAUAAUCACCGAAGCCACCAACUCUCCGUGAUUCAUUUUAGAAGACUGUAUGAUCUAAACAAAGCACUAAAACUCAGUGAGUAGUCGACAGUGUGUUGACUUGUAGAAGUAGUCCAAAAAAAAUCUGUUUCUCAGUUUUUCUCUCUUGUUUGUUGCUGGAACCUCUAAAAGUGUUUGUCAAAAGAUUCAUGGAUAUGAAAGGAACGAUACCUCCAAGGUACAGUAACUGCUCUUGCAUCUUGGACUUUUUCAGGUUACAAUGAGAAAUUUGAAUGUGUUUUAUUGGGUUUUCAUGUGAUAGACCAACACAAUGAUACUACAGGGUUAUCAAAUGUUUACCAAAAGUGUAAAAUGUUUGAAAUGCAUUUGUAUUCAGUAUGUUGUAGAAGCACCUUUUGCUCUAGUUGCAGUCUUGGGGUUUCUACCAACACGUGUAGAGCCUAAAGUUUUUGCCCGUUGUUUGAAUAUUAGCAGCAGGCUAAACUAAUUCAAGUCUUUUGCAGCAUCUAAUGGGUUUUCUUCCUGGGCUCCAUCCCUGUUCCCGUCAUCUCUGGCUAGUUUUUCCUGUCUCAGCAUCUCCACAGCAUGACGGUUCCACCGCCAUGUUCCACAGGAAGGCCGGUGUGUUCACGGUGAUUUGCACUGACAGUUUUUCUUCACACAUAGCAAUUAGGAUGUAGGCCAUAAAGUUAAACAUCAUCUGAUCAAGACAUCUUUGUUCAAAUGUUUGCUCUGUCUCUUACAUGGCUUGUUGCAAACUUAUGCCUUUCCUCUUGCUAAUCUUCCAUAGAUUGCAUGACUAGUGAUUGUCCUGUCAAAAUAUUGUGCCACCUGAGCUGUGGCUCUUUGCAGCUCCUCCAGUUAUCAGAGGCUACUUGGCUGCUUCUCUGACAUAAUGCUCGCCUUGUCCAUGCCUUUCAGUUUUUAAUGGAGGGCCAUGUUAGGUUAGUAUGUUUGUUCAAUGAUGUUCUCUAGCAAACCUGAGGCUUUUACAGAACAGCUGGUUUACACUGGGAUUAAAUGACAUAAUGUGGACACUAUUUCCAAUUAGGUGACCUUUGGAAACAUCAGGUUGCACUGGGAUUUAAAUAUUAAAACCAUGUAUCAUUUUCAUUUCCUGUCAGAUUUAUCACUGUGUUGGAUUAUCACAUAAAACCACAAUAUAAUAAGGUUUCUGGUUGUAAUGUGACAAAUUUCCCCUUAACAAGGGACUGUAUCUCUGUAAUCACAGGACACUAAUGCUGUUGUUUGCUUCUCUUACAGUCUUGAGAAGCUCCACUGCUGGACUGCAUUAAUAGUUUUUCCUGCAGCAAACAGGCCAACUGGUUGAGGGUUAGUUUGAAAGCACUGCCAAGUAAAUACGGAGCUACUUUGCAAGCAUGUAAAAAGUUAUUUUCCCGUAUCUUUGCAAGUUGUUUACAUAGUUUGUGUUGCACUGCCCAGGACGUGGCUUCUAUACAUGUUGCUGUGAUAUACGUUAUACCUGCUAAUGAGAUUAUUACAUAGUGCAAGCAGUCCUUUCGUGUUUUACCUGUUAUUACCACAAGGUGGCGGACUGAGGGCAGCAUUUAGAAGUAGACCUGUUCUGACCACCUUAGUUCAAUAGUUACAGCAUCUGUUGCAUGUACUUCAGUGUAGUGUUCAGGUGAUUCUGUUGCGCCUCACGUCUUUGCCGGAUAUCUAGGUGCUUGCAGGGUUUCUGUUGCUCCGAGCCAUAUCAGAAAAGUCUGUGGAAUGUCUCUGAAAGCUUGGUACAUCAGCUUUUAAGGUUAAACAAGUUCAGUCAUUAGCAAUGAUGAUGCCUACACUUUCCAAUGCCAACAUCCCCUUUAUGGAUGACACCUGCGUUCACCUGCUUACCUUUUAAUGUGGGUUAACCAGAGGUUUGUGUUACGAUGGAUCGAUUUAUAUAAAACUUAGAAAUGGGAUGAUUCUCCCUCUGGGUUUAAACCUGUUUGAAGCUGAUCUGACAAAUGUUUUACUGUUGCUAAGGCAGAACGCCUUCCUGUGUAUUUGUGAGAUUUUAAGCGUGCUAGAAAACAGUACUGAUUUAGAGUUAAAAUGUCAAAGUGACAGAAAAGCUGCUUGCGUGCACCAAUUUACUUGAACUAUUAGUAUUUUAUAUCAAACCACUUAUAUUUCUGCUGUCAGACAUAAACUUUCUGAUAAAAAUCCAUAGUAAAGAUGUUAAUCAGCCACCUGAGGAAGCCUUGUUCGCUCCUUGUUUAAUAAAAAUGAAAGAGAAACAAUUUAGGGGAAUACAAGCCUUUAAUGCCAACAAUCAUAUAUAAAAAAAAAAAAAAACAUGUUCGUUUGCAAAAUGUGACAGGAACCAAUUUUGGUUGAAAUGAAUAUAGAGAGGUGAAGUUUGGAAUCUGAAGACAUUCCCAUAAAUAUUUUCAUACAUAA